GCGAGAGUUGGCAACAAAGCUGCCAACUACGAGGCAGAGGAGCGAGAGGACGGGAAGCAGUUAGCGGGUGUGUGAACCGGGAGUCCACCAGACCCUGACAGAAGCCGUAUCCGAGGCCAACGGGGCAACGAAGGCUGGUGGCGUCAGAGAGAGAAGUUGGACGGGGUUUGGUUUCACCAUGGCCAGUUGGGACUGAGAAGCAGCCACAAUGAUUGGAGGAUUGUUCAUCUACAACCACAAGGGGGAGGUCCUCAUCUCCCGGGUCUACCGAGAUGACAUAGGACGCAACGCCGUGGACGCCUUCCGCGUGAACGUGAUCCACGCCCGGCAGCAGGUUCGAUCCCCGGUGACCAAUAUCGCCCGCACCAGCUUCUUCCACGUCAAGCGCUCCAACAUCUGGUUGGCGGCGGUCACCAAGCAGAAUGUCAACGCCGCCAUGGUGUUCGAGUUCCUCUACAAGAUGUGUGACGUCAUGACGGCCUACUUCGGCAAGAUCAGCGAGGAGAACAUCAAGAACAACUUUGUGCUCAUCUACGAGUUGCUGGAUGAGAUCCUGGACUUUGGAUACCCGCAGAACUCAGAGACCGGAGCCCUGAAGACCUUCAUCACCCAGCAGGGCAUCAAGGGACAGCACCAGACAAAGGAGGAGCAGUCCCAGAUCACCAGCCAGGUGACGGGGCAGAUUGGCUGGCGUCGCGAGGGCAUCAAGUAUCGCCGCAAUGAACUUUUCCUGGACGUACUGGAGAGUGUCAACCUGCUGAUGUCGCCGCAAGGCCAGGUCCUGAGCGCCCACGUGUCUGGCCGAGUGGUGAUGAAGAGCUACCUGAGUGGAAUGCCCGAGUGUAAAUUUGGCAUGAACGACAAGAUCGUCAUUGACAAACAGGGCAAAGGCGGAGCAUCCGACGACGCAGGGAAGAGUGAUUUAGGGGGAGGAAGCGGCAAGCAGUCCAUUGCCAUCGACGACUGCACUUUCCAUCAGUGUGUGCGCCUCAGUAAGUUUGACUCUGAGCGUAGCAUCAGCUUCAUCCCCCCAGAUGGAGAGUAUGAGCUCAUGAGGUAUCGCACCACUAAGGACAUCAUCCUGCCGUUCAGGGUCAUUCCUCUGGUCCGGGAGGUGGGCCGCACUAAACUGGAGGUCAAGGUGGUCAUCAAGUCCAACUUCAAACCCUCGCUGCUGGCUCAGAAGAUCGAGGUCCGUAUCCCAACUCCCCUCAACACCAGCGGCGUGCAGGUGAUUUGUAUGAAGGGAAAGGCGAAGUACAAGGCCAGUGAGAACGCCAUCGUCUGGAAGAUCAAACGCAUGGCUGGGAUGAAAGAGUCACAGAUCAGCGCUGAGAUCGAGCUGCUGCCCACCAACGAUAAGAAGAAAUGGGCCAGGCCUCCCAUCUCUAUGAACUUUGAGGUUCCUUUCGCACCGUCUGGUCUGAAGGUGCGCUACUUGAAGGUGUUUGAGUCCAAGCUCAACUACAGUGACCACGACGUCAUCAAAUGGGUGCGGUACAUUGGCCGCUCCGGCAUCUACGAAACACGCUGCUGAAGUGGAACCCUGCCGUGCAGCGAGCUGACCACUCUCCUCCCAUCUAUAUCCUGUUAAAUUUUUUUCUUCUUCCUCUUCCUACUUUGUCUCUCUCUCCCCCUCCCCCCGCCCCCUCAAUCCUUAUAGCUUCUCUCAUACAUCCCCUCCCACUGCCCUCAUCCCCUUCUAACUAGGUGUUGGAGAUUGAAUUUACAUCGUAAGAGAAAAAAAAAAAAUAUGGUAUAAAUGCACAGAUAUAUGCAAAAAUGUGAACCAUUGUAUCGUAUAUAUCUCGUAGUGUUGAGUGAACCUGUAAACCAACUGGUGUCCGAAAAGAAGAAGAAGACAGGUGAUGCAGGGGGGGACCAGGGGGAGGAGGAGGAGGUUUCUCUGUUGUGUUUAUCCAGUGUUACCGUUCAACGAUCUUCUCUCCAGUUACUUUUAGUAAGUCCCACGUGUUGUAGAGUGAUCCCUGCUGUGAUGAUGUGUAGCUGUUGUGGUUUACAAUGAAUCCUGAUGAUAGUUCCUGUACACAAGCGUCUGUCUCCGUAGAGUCGUCCCUUCAAAUUGAGCCGCAUUGUCCGAUUCUGUGUUGCACACUUGACUGAUAUUUGAUCUGUUAUUUUUCCUGGAAUGGUCAUUUGGACCGCUUGUCGGGAAAGCGGAGGAAUUCACAACGACGAAGCUGUUUUUUGUACUUUUCUUUCUUUUUUUUGGAGAGUGAGGUGUUUCUUUCCCGUUCUCACAACGACUUGUACGAGCAUUCAAGCGAGUACAGUCUUAACAUAAAGGAACAUUCCAAACCGUUUAGAAGUUUUGACCACCAUCCUUAUUAUGUCCUACAUGUUACUUAAGCACUAAUAUCAACUUUGUCACAAUAUUUUGGAUUCAAAGAUCAGGCCCUGGGAGUGUUGUGUUUGCAGUGAGGUGAGGUCUCCCCCUGGUGUUUGCCUCGUCACUGUCUGCUUCUCCAUGUUUGUUGCCCUGGUGACCGUUCUAUCCAAUAAAAUCCGACUAUGUAACCAA